AUGCAGGCAGGCGGGUGGGCAGGCAGCGGCGGCGGCGGCGGCGGCGGCCGGGUGGGGCGGGGCGGGGGUGGGUGGGGCGGUGUCGCGUGGGCCCCGGCGGCGCCGAUCGGGGACGAACCUCGCGGGAUUUCGCAACCGGGAACAGGAGGCGCCCCGGGCCCCUGCCGCCCCCUGCGGCCCGGUGGCCCCUGCGGCCCCUGCGGCGCUGCCGCCGUAUAUAUAGCAGCGGGCGGCGCAGGCACAGGCACAGACGCACUCGAGCACCUGAGGGACUCUACAGCCUCCGACUCACUCCACCUCCGCUCCGCCAUGAACACGCGCCCAGAGGAGAUCCCCAUCAUCAAGAGCGAGUACAACCUCAACCCCGACGGCUCCUACCAAUGGAACUACGAGACGGGCAACGGCAUCAAGGCGCAGGAGACGGGCAGCCUGGAGCCCGCCGACGACCCCAAGGACGGCAACGUGGUGGUGGCGCAAGGCGGCUUCUCCUACACCGGCGACGACGGCACCCCCAUCUCGCUGUCGUACCGCGCCGACAAGGGGGGCUUCCAGCCCGAGGGCGCGCACCUGCCCACGCCGCCCCCCAUCGUCUGAGCGGUGACAGCCGCAAAAUCUGGCCAAGUACAACGGACAAGCUCUCGUAUCUACACGCUCGUGAGGCUACCUAGCGGCCGCUGCGCGCACUUCUAGGGCGCGCUUCAGUAUCCAAGUUCGGAUGGCGGCCGCGAGCCGCGCCCGGCUCCGGCGCCUCGAGGCCUGGAGCCCGCCGCAGCUCCCGCGCGAUGCGUGACGCGAGCGUCCCUCGCAUUGAGUUCGGCCUGCACUGACUUCCUCUCGUUCGAGAUCUCCUGACAAAUGUACGCUGUAGAUAUAUUUUAUUUUAUGUAUUUACUUGUUACAAUUUUAUUGUAAACUGCACACAAUGCUAAAACAAAUAAAAACUUAAUAAGAU